UUCUGGGUGUCGGACAACCAACUAUCUCAUGUGCUAUACAUCCUUCGCAAGAAAUGCAGGCACCUCUGUUCGAAAAUCCGGUGCCUGUUAUGGCGGCGCCCGAGGCCCAAAGUUGUCAUCAGGAGAUUUGGGAAGUUGAAUGUGAAGUACUCUCAGCCCAAAGAAAAACCAACCACCACCUCUACGACUCAUCUAGUGGGUGGUGUUGGUGCUCUGCGAACAGGAAGGCCUAUACGCAUUGCCACGUUCAAUGUUGCCAUGUUUUCACUUGCACCGGCUGUCCCAAAGGCAGAGAAAUCAGUUGUUUACAUUCAUGAAAGUGAGACAAAGUCUGCUGUUGAAAAUCAGCCCAAGAGCAUACUGAAACAGAGUCCCCUGCAUCCCCUGAUCAAGCCCAAACUCAAAGUUUCGAUCAAUCUUCCCGACAAUGAAAUCUCAUUGGCACAGAAUAAGGUUGUCAGUUUUGUGGGUGAUGAUGGUGAUCACACUAUUAACAGAGGCCAUGGUCCAAUGAGAUCACCCGUGUGCUUCCCUGCUGGGAUGUUUAGUUACAUGAACGACGAGUUUGCCAGAGGCAGCAGCAGAACCAUUCUUGAUGUGCUGAGAGAGGUUGAUGCUGAUAUAUUGGCUCUGCAGGAUGUGAAGGCAGAGGAGGAAAAGAAGAUGAAGCCUCUGUCGGAUUUGGCACGCGCGUUGGAGAUGAAUUAUGUGUUUGCGGAGAGCUGGGCACCGGAGUAUGGGAAUGCAAUCUUGUCCAAAUGGCCGAUCAAGCGAUGGAGAGUUCAGAAAAUUUUCGAUGAUCAAGAUUUCAGGAAUGUGUUGAGGGCUACAAUUGAUGUGCCAUACAUGGGAGAAGUUAACUUCCAUUGCACCCAACUUGAUCAUCUAAAUGAGAAUUGGAGGAUGAAGCAGAUUAAUGCAAUAAUCCAAUCAAAUGAUGGUCCCAAUAUCUUGGCAGGUGGGUUAAAUUCACUAGAUGGAUCAGAUUACUCAUCAGAGAGAUGGACUGACAUUGUCAAGGUAACCCUUAGUCUUGUUACAUAGUUGCAACAUACAUAAAGUAAUUUUGUGGUAAGAAAAUUAUUGCCCCCACCUAACAAAGAAAA